CAAAUAUGAAACAUGACGACAACUGAUGAUUACUGCUCCAAAGAAAAUAAUGUUUCAGAGAGACAGCGUAAAGCUUGUCAGGAGGACUGGUUACUCAACGAGUCUAACUGCUAUGAGAUUCAUGAUGCUGAUCCUUCUAAUCAGAAAACCUGGGAAGAAGCUCGAGCAAACUGCAGCGGAUAUAACGCAGAUUUUGUUAUUGUACACAGUCAAGAGGAAAAGGAUAUGAUCAAUGGUUACAGCUGGGGUAAACAAGAUGAGAGUGGAUGCUGGAUUGGCCUGAGAGUUGAAAAUGGGAGAUGGAAGUGGAUUGAUGGAAGUGAUCUGGCUGUAGACUUCUGGAUAGGAACUCCCUUUGACGGUCAGUGUGCAGUUUCUGUCCAGGGCGUAGGAUGGAGAUCAGUGAGCUGUGCUGACAGAAAACGAUGGAUCUGCAAAAAGAAGGCUUUAUGUGUUUAAACACUGCAGUCAUAUUCUGCAUGAUAAUAUCAACUGGCUUAUAAUUAUGAAACUAUGAAAACUUUCAAAGCUGUUUGUGUGUGUCUG